AUGUCAGCCAACUACUGGGCUUCUACACAAUGCAACAACUGGCUACUGGAUCGACCGCAGCUCGAGUUGGCGCGCAAGGAAGAUCUGCGCUAUGCGACUCGACUCGAGUGUGCUGCUUUGGGCGUGUUCUUUUCCAACUUGCUAUCGCUCAUCUGCAAGCGGCUCAAUCUGCGACAACGAGUGACGGCGUCGGCCAACGUCUUCUUCCGACGCUUCUUUGCCAAAAACUCGUACUCGGCGCUCGACCCCUUCCUCGUGUGCGCCACGUGCGUCUAUGUGGCAGCCAAGGUGGAAGAGUCGCCGAUCCACAUCAAAUCCGCCGUGGCAGAAGCCACACGUAGCUUCACAGAACACGGCUUCCGAGGCAUGCCCACCGACCAUUCGAGCCUGGCAGAGAUGGAAUUUUAUCUGCUGGAAGAGAUGGAGUUUGACAUGGUGCUCUUUCACAGUUAUCGAAGUUUGAUCGUCAUGUUUGAGGAUUAUGGCUCAGGUAGCGCGGUAGGUAGCGGUAACAGUAUACAUGAGCGUUCCGCUGGCGCCGCUGGCAGCGGAAGCGGAAGCGGCGGUAGUGGGAUGAUGAUAGGGUUGGGAAUCGAAGCAGCCGCAUUUGGCGUCACCAAAGGGCUAGCGAGUGUCGAGGAGGGCGACGCUGCCUCAGCGAUCGCCGAGGAGGACAAAGUACAACUCAACGAGUUCAACGACGAAGUGCUGCUCAUGUGUUGGUUCAUACUCAACGACACGUACAAGACCGACAUCCCACUCAUGUACCCUCCCUACAUGGUGGCGCUCGCCUCGAUCUGGCUCGGUCUAAGCCUUCAUCCUCCGUCGUUUGACAAGAUCACCGCAUCGCUCCACACCAUGCAGACGCGACGAGACGAACACCACCUCUCGAUCCAACGAAUCCUGGACAACCCGGCCUCAACGCCCGCCGAGCUGGCGUCUGCAAAGCGAGAACCAUCGCCGCCGAGCCAAGACGCCUUGACGUUUUUCGCAAGCCUCAACGUGUCCCUACCACUACUCGCCGAGAUCGUACAGGAGAUGGUGAGCGCUUACAGCGUCCAGCACCAGGUACAGAGGCUCGUGUCUGACGGUCCGGGCAUCGUCAAGCUGCUCGAGAGGAUGAGGGAGAGUAGAAGGGUGGCUCUGAUCAAGGAUCGCGAUCAAACGCGUACACACGCCUGA